UUAGAAUUCAGGCUCCAAGGAGAAGCCUCUGAGGCCAAGGUUACUGGCAGUAGCACAAAGUGAGAACCACUCCUGACCUCCAGAGAAUGAGGACUGGAUAUAAGAUCUUAAUCUUCUUUUAUCUUACUACAGAAAUCUUGAUGGAGAAGCAGUAUUUCUCUCAAAAAGAAAAGGUCCUAGGAGCUUAUUUCACUAGGAAUCACACCGUUGUGGAAGGUACUCGAUUCAAAAGAGCCAUUUUCCAAGGGCAAUACUGUAGAAGUUUUGGUUGUUGUGAAGACAGAGAUGAUGCCUGUGUCACUCAGUUCCAUGAGGCAAAUGCAUUGUGUUACUGUGAUAAAUUCUGUGAAAGGGAAAAUUCCGAUUGCUGUCCUGAUUACAAGUACUUUUGCCGUGAAGAGAAAGAGUGGCCUCCUCACACAGAUAUUCAGUAUCCAGAAGGUUGCUUCAGAAAUGGUCAACAUUAUGAAGAAGGAUCAGUGAUUAAAGAAAACUGCAACUCCUGCACAUGCUCAGGACAGCAAUGGAAAUGUUCCCAGCAUGUAUGCCUUGUUCAACCAGAAUUAAUUGAACACAUCAAUAAAGGAGACUAUGGUUGGACAGCACAGAACUACAGCCAAUUCUGGGGAAUGACUUUAGAAGAAGGUUUCAAAUUUCGUCUUGGCACCUUGCCACCUAGCUCCAUGCUCCUAAGCAUGAAUGAAGUGACGACUUCUUUGCCUGCAACAAGUGAUCUUCCAGAGUUUUUUAUUGCUUCUUAUAAGUGGCCUGGAUGGACUCAUGGUCCAUUGGAUCAAAGAAACUGUGCUGCAUCCUGGGCAUUUUCCACCGCAAGUGUGGCAGCUGACCGAAUUGCGAUUCAGUCCAAUGGCCUAUACACAGCCAAUCUCUCUCCUCAGAAUUUGAUCUCGUGCUGUGCCAAGAACCGUCAUGGCUGCAACAGUGGAAGCAUUGAUAGGGCUUGGUGGUACCUGAGAAAACGUGGACUGGUAUCCCAUGCAUGCUAUCCACUUUUCAAGGAUCAAUAUGCCACCAAUAAUGGCUGUGCCAUGGCAAGUAGAUCUGAUGGACGGGGAAAACGACAUGCCACAAAGCCAUGUCCCAACAGUGUAGAGAAAUCCAACAAGAUCUAUCAGUGUUCUCCACCAUAUAGAGUCUCUUCCAAUGAAACUGAGAUAAUGAAGGAAAUCAUGCAAAAUGGACCAGUUCAAGCCAUAAUGCGAGUUCACGAGGACUUCUUCCAUUAUAAGACAGGGAUCUAUAGACACAUACCCAGCACAAAUAAAGAAUCAGAGAAAUAUCGAAAGCUUCAGUCACAUGCCAUCAAACUCACUGGAUGGGGUACACUGAGAGGAUCACAAGGGAGGAGAGAAAAAUUUUGGAUAUUCAAAAUCCAUUCCAUCUUUGAAAUGGUUGCAGCCAAUUCCUGGGGAAAGUCAUGGGGAGAGAAUGGCUAUUUCAGGAUUCUUCGAGGAGUAAAUGAGUCUGACAUUGAAAAGUUGAUUAUCGCAGCUUGGGGCCAACUGACAAGUUCGGAUGAACCAUAACGUAUCAUUAAAUUUCUUUAAGGCCAUACAUUUAAGUAACCCCUUGAGUUAAAGUUUCGCAAGUGGGGUUCUCUGUGACAGUGGAAGCUUUUCACUUCACCCUGUUAAUAUGAUGCAUCUGCUUUCUUUUUUUACCCCAGGUGCCUUUCUUCUGCUUCCUUUAUGUUACUAUUAUAAAUAUAUGAAACACUAAAAAAGACAGAGAAGUAGUUAAAUAUCUGUAAAGUUCCAGGUUGUUUUUAUUUUCCUCUUAUGACAGGGUCCUUUUCACUUAUAAUUGUUUACAAAUAACCUUAAAAGACAUCUAUCUUAAAAGUUCAACGCACUCAUUUAUAGAAAUGGUAUGAUUUAUCUCCUUGAUCAAUGAUAAUUUCAGAUAACAAAAACAAAUGGGAAACUAACCUGUUUACUAUCUUUAUGAUUUUAUUUUUCAGCUAAAUAAUGCUUUCUUAAGUCAAGCCUGCUUAUGUUUCGCUGAAAACAGCAAGAAAAAAGGAUUGUUAAUGGUUUCUAUUAACAAGCUAACACUUUUUCAUUUGCCUAAAUGUAAUUUACAAUCUGGUCACAAAAGAAAAGUAACUUUCUACAGGAAAUAACUACUCUUUAUGGUACUGUGAACUGAUCUGUAAUGUGAAGAAGUUGUUAAGUAAUGGCAAAGCUGAGAGGCUAAUUAUAGAAGUAUAGUCUUGACAUGCACACAUUCCUAUUUUUGGAAGCCAAUACACUUUGUGUAAAGUCUAUUAAAAUGAGCUGCAAAACUGUAUUUGGAAAGAUAACAUAUUUACUCCCUAAAACAGCAACAUGAUGCCACAAGUCAGAAAGAAUAAAUACACUUUUAUCACAACCA